AUGGUUAACUCUCCAUUACCAACAGAUCUAGCAAGCGAAUGUAGAAAGGCAGCCAAAAUCUUGAAUAGCUUCAUUGAUCCGGUUGCAGCAAAAGGUCCUGAUAAGGUCAUUCCACCAAAUAUUUUACAAAAAGCAAAAGGUUUUGCGAUAUUCACCGUUAUCAAGGCUGGCUUUGUUUUCUCAGGAAGAGUAGGCUCUGGAUUAGUCGUUGCAAGACUUGAAGAUGGAUCAUGGUCAGCUCCAUCGGCAAUUAUGACUGGUGGUAUGGGCUUUGGUGGACAACUUGGUGCAGAGCUCACUGACUUUGUUAUUGUCCUGAACAGCAGGGCUGCUGUUAAAUCUUUUAUGCAUGGUGGAAAUGUCACCUUAGGUGGAAACCUUAUUGAUAACAUAAUAGUUGCUGCUGGCCCAAUUGGGCGAAAUGCGGAGGGGGCUGGUUCUGUUUCUCUUGGGCAUGUUGCUGCAGUAUUUUCUUACAG